AUGGCAAGUAUUGCAAAGCCUAUCACGAGACUGAACCUGAGAAAGCAACUACAACUACAGCAUGAACUUGAGCAGAAGCAGCUUCAAAUGGAAGAGAGAGGGCAAAAGCCGCCAUCCGCCACUGCUACUGCACAUGAAGGUUUUGCUCUAAGUGGAAACUAUACUCAUAAAAUUCAUCAACCGCAUCGACAACUAACUCCGCCAACAAUGGAACACUCCUCACACUCGUCACACUCGUCACACUCGUCACACUCGUCACACUUGGCUGGUGAUGAAUCUUUUCCAACUAGAAUUGAAGAGUUGUCUUGUGCUUCCGAGAGUAGUGAAUCAUUUGCACAAUAUGUCACAACAAGCCAGCCUAACUCGUUGCCACCUUCAUCAACAGCAGCAGCAGCAGCAGGAGGAGGAGGAGAAGGAACAAUGUCAGUAACAGCUCAUCACCAACAUAGGCGUUGCAAGUCUGUGUCGUUUAAGUUACCCCGAGAACUAUUAACUCCUAAAGAAGAAGAAGAUAACGAAGAUGAAGAGGAAAUUAUAGCAAGGCAUAAAAAACGAAAGUUGACCCAGUUUGACGAAGACGAAAAUGAAAACGAAGACCGAAUUGUACAUCCUGAUGACUAUCCGUCAACACCUCCUGAAUCUUUACCAAACGAAAAUGAUGAUGACCACCAAGCAAUUGCAGCGCAUCAACCUCCUUCUACAACUCUCAGUAAACAACAACAAAAACAACAGCAGCAACAACAACAACAGCAGCAGCAGCAGCAGCAGCAACAACAACAACAACAACCAACCGUGGAAAAAGUCGGUUCAAAUAUAAAUAAAAACUUAUCAAACAAGCUAGCUGAAAACCCUGAUUAUAUUUCGCUUCAAUCAGCACUAAAUUUACUACAAAAUCAAACUGAACAAAUUAGUCAGGAAAUUGUUCAAUUAUCUAAAUUAAAGCAACUCUUUACACAAGAAACAACACCGGAAAUUCAACAAGAAAUUAAUCAAUUGCUCCAAAAAUUAAUAAAUAACGAAGCAACAAUUUUACCAAAACCUGUUAAUAUAAUUAAAUGUCCAACUGUUAAUUGGUCGAAAUACAAUUCAACUUUAGCAAGAGAAUAUGAAAUCCAAUUGAAUAAAGAGUACAACCAGAGACAAAGAAAUACGAAUCUGAUUUAUAAACGAUUCAAACUUUUUGAUAGGAUUUAA